AUGGCUCUUCACGACACUACAGAAGCUCCUCUCGGGAAACCUGACUACGACUUCCCUGGCUGGGAAACCACACCCGGAGGAUUUGUUCUCUACGUUCGCGUGCGGAGCGCAUGGUUAAACAUUCACGUCUUGAUGCCGAACUUUCAUCGCUCGCCAAUUGCUCUCGAGGCCGCGCAAACAAAUAAGGCGAACUUAAGUGGCGAUUCCGUCGAUGACCCUGAUCUAUGGGACUACCUAGACGUGAUCGCGUCGCAUUUCUUGCCAGAACUCCAAAAACUCGCACCGGCCGUCCGCCAUGUCGGAAAGUUGACGCUUGCCGAUCUACAGGCUCGGCAAUACUACAAAUUAGUUGUGAACAACAAAGGCAUCGCUCGCGGGCAGCUCUACUACUGGAUUGAUAUUGAUCGAGCUCUCACAUGGCAGACGGUUGAACAGGCACCCAGGGAGAUUCGGGAGAAAUGGGCUUCACAAAUCCAGAAGACAGUGUCAACUUUGCAUGCAUUAGAUGUCGUUUGGGGAGAUGUCAAAGCCGAUAACGUUGUCAUUGACAAGAGUGGUAAUGCAAUCGUCAUUGAUUUCGAAGGCGGCGCGACUAAAGGAUGGGUUGACAAAGACAAGAUGGAGACGAAGGAAGGCGAUUUGCAGGGCUUGGAGAGGCUUAUGGAUUACAUUUUCAACGAUAACUGUCCCUUGCGGCUCAGAGAGAAGGAUGGGGACUCUGAGAGGUGUUGCACAGAAUGCUAG